AUGGUGGCAUUUGCUGCUAUACAAUUUUCAAUAAUGUAUUGCACAAAGUUAUCCAGCAAUAUUAUAAUACCAUUAUAUGAUAAAAAAAUCGAUUCACUAUCUGAUUUGGCAGAAAGUGGAUUAAGUAUUCUAACAGAUGAUCCAUAUACAGGACGCCCAAUUAUCGCGGAUUCGAAUGUUAAUUAUAGAAUAAUUAGUAAACGAGUUGAGUACGUUCCUGAAGAAAUAUUAAUGAAAGGUUAUGUACCAAGCAGGGAACAUGCCUACUUUGCUUAUACAUUUCCUAAAAUGUUUAGUCUUGAUCGUUUUCAAAAUGAGUCGGUCCUCAAAACGCACCGUUUGAUGACCGAAUACUUGUACGACAGACUAACCACGCCAUAUUUGAUGAAAAACUCGCCGUAUUUGGAAUCGGCAAACAAAUUAAUGAUGCGCGUGGUUCAGCACGGAUUUAUUGAGUACUGGAGGCCAAAUUUGUUGCGCAUGGACAAGGGUAUGUCGUUUCCGGUUGACAUUGAAAAGAUAGAAAGCAUGGCUACGCCAGCGACGCCAUUAACAGUCAGUCGAAUUAUUGGAAGUUUCAUGCUUUAUUUGAUUGGUAUACUCAUUAGCAUGAUUGUGUUUAUAGUAGAAUUGAUAACAGUUAAGUAUUUUAAGAAUCGUUGAACAUAUUGUAUGUGUAUGUGUAUGAAUAGGAAAUUUCAUUAGUUACUUAAAUGUUUGUGUUUAGGAAAUAUUGAAAGGGGAAAUAAUUAAAUGAAUAUUGAUAGUUUUAAUUAGUAGCAGGUAUACAAAUAUUAUUCCUGAAAGUGUUGAAUUUAAUUUAGUUCAGUUUUUUCGCAGUAACGAUGUCUUAUGUUUCAAAGAUUCAGUUGAUAUUUUCUGCUAUUUUGCAGCAAUAUUUUAAUGAUUGUCUUGUUAUAAUCACAAAUGAAAAUAUUUCUAGUCAAAACACAGCUCAUAUAUUUAAUUUUAAUAGCUUAUCUACUGAUAAUAUCUCAAUGUAUUUGUUUAAUGACGCAUCAUAUUUCAAUUCAAUAAAUCCACGUGAUCGAUGCCUUAA